AUGAGGAGAACUAAAGGAUAUCAAGACUUAGACGAGAAUGCAGGUGACCCUCGAGUAUCAAUUUCACAAAUGCCUCCACCGCAGGAAAUAGAAAUGGUUUCAGUUUCAGUAGUCCCGGAUGAUACAUUCACAGUCACACAAGCAGUUAAUGCUCUUGGGUUUGGUUGGUUCCAAGUAAAAUUAUCUCUUUGCACUGGUUUAUGUUGGAUGGCAGAUUCAAUGGAGAUGACAAUACUUAGUAUAUUAUCACCUGCACUACAUUGUGAAUGGAAUAUAAGCAAGUAUCAACAAGCCUUAACUACCACAGUGGUAUUUUUAGGUAUGAUGCUGAGCUCCACGUUUUGGGGAAAUAUAAGUGACAGAUAUGGAAGGAAAACUGCCUUGAGCAUGUGUGGAGUACUCCUGUUUUAUUAUGGAUUUCUGAGUGCUAUAGCCCCCAAUUUUCUUUGGUUACUAUUUUUAAGAGGACUUGUAGGAUUUGCGAUUGGAUGUGUACCACAGUCAGUAACAUUGUAUGCGGAAUUUCUACCUACUAAACAACGCGCAAAAUGUGUAGUCCUUUUGGAUUGUUUUUGGGCCCUUGGAGCCUGCUUAGAAGUGGCACUGGCACUGGUGGUCAUGCCCACUUUAGGAGUGCAUUGGCUUCUUGCAUUGUCAACAAUCCCUCUACUAAUCUUUGCAAUUAUUUGUCCGUGGCUACCAGAGUCUGCACGAUACCAUGUCGCAAGUGGCCAGCCAGAUAAAGCGUUGGCAACUCUAGAACAGAUAGCUCAGGACAACGGCCGCCCAAUGCUAUUGGGGCGUCUGGUGUGCGACGAUUCGGUGGGAAUAGGCCAACGAGGUCGCCUGAAGCAUCUGCUUAUACCGCAUCUAAGGAACACCAGCUUACUCCUGUGGUUCAUUUGGAUGUCGUGCGCCUUCUGCUACUACGGCCUGGUGCUGAUGACCACUGAGCUGUUUGAGACGGACCUGGAGACGUCCGGAGAGUGUGCGGCCGACUGCCGCCCGCUGCAGACCACGGACUACAUGGACCUCCUGUGGACCACGCUGGCGGAGUUCCCCGGUAUAUUCGCGACAAUAUUUAUUAUCGAGAAGUGCGGCCGAAAGAGGACAAUGGCGUCGCAAUUCGUCAUAUUCGCCAUUUGCGUUUGCGUUCUGACUUACAACGGAAACCGUACAUUCUUGACGUGCGUGCUAUUCUUGGCGCGAGGUAUCAUCGCGGGCCUGUUCCAAGCGGCCUACGUUUACACGCCUGAGGUGUACCCAACAGCUCUUAGGGCGACCGCGGUCGGCGCAUGCAGUGGUGUUGCCAGACUAGGCGCUAUGAUCACGCCGUACGUUGCUCAGGUGCUGUUGAAGAACUCAAUCGUCGUAGCAACGGGGGUGUAUUCUAUAGCGGCCGUGUUGGCAGCGAUCGCAUGCCUAGCUCUGCCUAUAGAAACCAAAGGGCGGGAAAUGAGGGACACCAUAACGUCGACUACG